AUGGGCGGUUGUUGCUGUUGUGCUUUCAAGGAGACUGAGUUGAGUGCUCCGCCUGCUUACUAUUAUCAGUAUCCAAGAGCAUCAGAUGAGCAUGUUCCACUAUCUUCUCAUCAAGGUGCUCCCUCUGCUUUCUCUGGAAGGCUCUUGGUUGAUACUAAUCUAGAUACUUCAAGUCCUGAUACUUAUACACCCCCUCCUGCUCCUAUCCCUUUCAAUGUGACAUUGGAUGCCACUCAGACUGCACCUGUGGCUCAUGAAAUUUCCUGCGACAAGAACAAUACAAAUUCUAAUUCAGUUCAAGAACCAUCUGGAGACAAUCAUGGAACCUCACCUAAGUCAGAAGAACUGAAGGAAUCAGAAUGCAAAGGUCAGACUGAUUUAGAACUAGACUCAGCAAAGGAUUCUGAAAUUGAACUUCCAAAGUUGGGAGAACCUAUAAAUUUAGUAGAAGAAGAGGAUGGAUGCCCGAUAUGUUUAGAAGAAUAUGAUGCAGAGAAUCCAAAACUAAGCACAAAGUGUGAGCAUCACUAUCAUCUUGCUUGCGUUCUGGAGUGGAUGGAAAGAAGUGAAACUUGCCCUGUCUGUGCUCAGGCCUUGGCUUUCAGCCCUCCCAUUGAAUAG